AUGAUUGAAGAUUUAAAUAAAAUUUUAAAACAAGAAGAAAUACAAAAAGAUGUAGAGGAUAUUAUUAAGAACAAUUUAAAUGACAAAAUUAAAGGGUGGAAAGAAUCGAUGAAUUACUUGUAUAAUUUUUCAGUAAAAACAGGAUAUAUUCAAGAAGAAAGAUUAAAAUUAAAUGUUAUAUUACCAAAACACUAUCAACAUUCAUAUGGUGGGGACGUAGGAUUCGAAGUAACCAUAAAUUGUUCAAAGCCAGAAAUUAUUGUUGGUAAAGAUAUAGUGGGUGCCGCUCAUUAUUCAAAUUUUUAUGGGGAAUGUGUAAUUUGCUUUGAUAAUGUAGGCUCAGAUAAAAGAGAAGGGUUGCGUGCAUACGAAUUUACCUUAUCAAAUGGUGUAACAUUAUUUAGACAGUAUCCACCAUACCCAUAUUUUAAACACCAUAAUAUUAUUAUAGAUCGUAAACACACACCACAGGUAUUGUCAAGAUCAACUAUUUUAGAGUUAUUGGAGAUGUCAGAAUCUAUGCCAGGUUAUAAAAUUGCAUCAAACACAGAUCGUGUGGGCACAGGUGCUACAAAUCUACACCAUAGACACUAUCAAGCUGGGGAUCAUCCAUUCACUGUGUUUUCCGCUAAACCAAUCAAACAAUUUAAAUGUAAUUUUAGAAAUCAAGAAACCAACUCCAAUGAGGUAAUUAUUGUUGAAUGGUUACACUAUCCAUGCUGUUGCUUAAAGGUCAUUGGCAGCUCAAAGAAAUCCGUAGAACAAGUUUCUUAUCAAUUAUUUAGCACAUGGAGAAAUCAUGACUUUCCAACCUUAAAACAAGAGCUUCAAACUUGCUCUUUAAUUUCAACAUUGGAUGUAGAAUCAAACCAAUACCAAUUUCUUAUUUUCCCACGUAAUGCCGAACAACCUAGAUUCCUCACCAGUCAAACCUUACAAUGUAUCAAAAAAGAAUUUGUUGGUAUUUUUGAAUUGUGUGGAUAUGCUAUUCUACCAGGCAGAUUAAAAGAUCAAUUACAACAAUUGGAAUCCUUAUUAGCAAAUGUCACACUCUCAAAUCAUAACGAAAAACUAAUUUUACCCCAAGAACUAAUGGAAUUUAAACAAUGGUUAAUUGAAUAUUACUUUAGUAUCACGGACAAUAAUUUAUCAAUAUCUGAUAAAUUGCAUCUAUCACUACAAAAUUCUUUUAUUACUAUUCUAUCAGACAACUCUCCAAUAAAAUUAAACAAUAGUAAUUUAAUAGAUAUUUGGAUAAAUAAUUCAAAUUUAAAUUUAAUAAAUUAA